AUGGCUGAACAGGGGAGGAUUGUCAUACCGGCUACUGGAGCAAUUGGCAGGAAGGGGCAACUGACCAACAACGCAGUCAAACUCCACAAUACUACUUACACAGCAUCUUAUGACAGGAUGGGAUUCACGUCUUAUCUCGGGCGUCCCAGUGAGACAGGCUUUACAUCAAACCACAGACCAGCUAUAUAUUACAGGCCUAGUUUGGACCACAUUGACAACCCUCAGUUUGGACUCUUGUUAUCUGACAGCUUCGUCUCUCAAACUAAACAACACUACCAGCCUCCCAUCCACUCUGGAUGUUCUGGGUCUUCAACAAACCUCGUUAACAAACCCGGAAACAGCGGCUUCCAUCAGCUGAGGAUUCAGCCAAAAACCGCAUCAGUCGAGGAGAAGACAGAAUAUCAAAGUUCAUUUGUGCCUCAUCGUCUUACGCCAGCAGUUUCUCAGAACCAUGUGACUGUAGGUCCUAAAGGAGGGAGUGGUUUCACUAAGGCAGCAGAGCUUCAGGUUAACACCAGCUUGAUGGGUGAACCUCAUCAGACUCCCAGCUCAGUGAUGAAAACAGACUUCAUGCCACUGUCCCUGCUGCAGGGUACUGAGGCGAAAUCAGGCCUGUGCAGCCGUUCUUGCAGAGAAACGGGAUUCACACGAGGUGACAUCGCUCCCUUGGCCCACCCUGUCUCUCUUCUGUCAUCACCCCAGACUAAAACAGAGGCCCCGAUGCCAUCUAUCAUUGGACAAAAGGAGCCCACAGGAUAUGUUCUGAACACUCAUAAAAACCAAACUUUUCCUGAUGCACCACUUGAUCCUUCAGACUUCAUCACACAUUAUAAAAGCAAGUUCUGUCAUCGAGAUGACAGAACCUGGAAAAGUCCAGAAAAGUUCAAAUCGACGAACUCUUGUCCCAGGAUUGUCAGCUCUAAAAUGGAAAGUGGCUACAAUCUUCGGGAUACGGACAGGUACAUCCUCAGGGGCUAG